AUGUCGCUUAGCUUGGUGUUCACUGCCGAUGGAAGGCUACAGGAUAGGGGACGUUGGAUGGAAGGCUCGCCAGCAACACCAUCGACAGGAUACCUAGACACUCAGCGACCAAGGCCUGACCCCAAGCCUCCAUACAGCUGCAACAGCAUCAAGCCUCAGAAACACACCUUCUUCCGCCUCGGCCGAGUGUUCAGAUUCCCGUGGUCGGAGACGGCAGGGACGACCGCAUUCGGCACCUUCCACAACGCACACGAGUUCGUCCGAGGACGCGAAAACGGCACACACAUAUACCAGAAGAAUCGAAUCUUUGUGGUCAUCCGAGAGGGACAAGAGUCGUGCACCGUGUUGCCCAUCACAACGUACGGGAAUCAAGGAGUCGCAAAGCUAUUCGUGGACAAGUCGCAGCAUGGUGUGAUAUACACAGGGACAGAACCCACUCCUAUCACAUACCAGGAAGCACUUCGCCCUGGGUCCCUUCAGCAACAUGCUAUCCGUGUCAUCGGCGACCAGCCGACCUGCACUCUUCAUGCAAUGUCCCGCAUCAACUACGGACAAGUCCACACCGUUCAUCACAACGUAGAAGUCGAGAGCAUCGGCAUGGUCCACGAAGCCUCUCUUCCUUAUCUGCUGCAACAAUUCAGAGGCGUUUGGGUACUUCCUUUUCUGGACAUCGUUUCAGACCAUCGUCCGCUUCGCCCUCCUACAGUGGCUACCGACAUCUUCCACGAAACCCAACCACCGCCGCCCUCUGCCAACAAUGCGGCUCACUCUCAACUCGGGGAUCCCCUUCCUUCUGUCGGUAUUGAUAUCCCAACGACACAUCAACCACCACCAACCACAUUUCCAUUGCCAAACACAACCGGUCCCGAGGCGAUACAAAGUACCGCAGCGCACUCACAGCGCGCUGUCGGAGACGGAUGA